UUCCAGGCCAUGUCCACAGCUGGAAUUUCGGGAAUUUUGGAAUUGUUGCUCCAGCUGGAGGAAAACUUCUCCUCCUGCCUGGCCCGGAUCGACGCCCUCAUCAUCAAACCUCUGCUCCAGGCAGAGCCGCAGGAUCCGAAGGAAAAGGAGAAUUUCCAGCUCUUCGUGCUCCUCAACGAUCGCUUCCAAACCCUCUGGAAUUUCACGGAGGAGAAUUCCCGGAUCCUGAGGGGGAAAUCUCCGUUGGAAAAUUCCGGCUGUAUCCAGGAUUUUUACAUCCUCUGGAAAGGAGAAGUUUUCCUCAGCCUCUACAUCCAGUAUUUCGUCACCUUCGCCAACUUUGUCGUGGUCCAGGGCUUCGAGCAGGCCGCCAGGAGCAAGAGUGAUGCCUGGAGGCUGCACAAGGCGGUGCUGAAGGAAUUCCUGCGGGAUUUCACCUCGGAGAGCUCCCUGGGCCUGGCCCUGCACUUGGUGCUCCACAAACCCUUCCGGGAGCACAUCCAGAGCUACCUGCGGCUCCUCACGCAGCUCCAGGAGCAGCUCCAGGAGGGCUCGGAGCGGGAUGUGGUGGCCACAGUGGCGCAGGAAUUUGGGAAGCUGGAAUCCUUCAUCAGCCAGGUCCUGGAUGAAGCCGUCUUCACCAAGGAGCUCUGGAAAUCCCUGGGCCACAAAUUCACCGACGUGCUGUGUGUCCCUGAGAGGAGGCUCCUGGAGGACAGCAGGAACCUUCCCAUCGCGUCCGGCUCCGCCCGCUCCGAGCGGCUCCUGCUCUUCGACGACGUCCUGGUGCUCAUCCAGGGAAACAGCUUCCAGAGUUUUGAUCUGAAGCUAGUGUGGGUGGAUGAAAACUGUGGAGAGAAAUCGGCUCCAGGACUGCACAGCCUACGCAUCACAACCCCGGAGGAGACGUUCGUCCUCUCCACCAAGGACCCUCAGAUGAAGGCCGUGUGGAGGUGGAAGCUGGAGCAGGCCGUGCGCCAGGCGCUGAACGGGAAGCGGGAUUUCCCUCUCUGGGGCCGCAGCGGGGAGGGCAGCGAGGCCCCGUCCCGACGCUUCUUCAGCUACGUCUUCCGCAUGGAGGGACGGCUCCGCGGGGCCACCUACGAGGGCGAGUGGCUCUGGGGGAAGCCCCACGGCAAGGGGACGCUGAAGUGGCGCGAUGGACGCAACCACGUCGGGGAUUUCCAGGAGGGCCUGGAGCACGGGUUUGGGAUCUGCCUGGUCCCGCGGCGCUCCGAGGAUCGCUACGACUGCUACAAGUGCCACUGGUACCAGGGCAAGAUGAGGGGCUAUGGAAUCUGUGAGUACGGGAAUGACCUGGUCUACAAGGGCUACUUCAAGGACAGCGUGCGCCAGGGCUUUGGGAUCCUGGAGAACUUCUCGGCUGAGAAUCCCUUCAGAUACACGGGACAGUGGGAAAACGACAAAAAGAGCGGAUACGGAGUCUGGGAGGACAAGGAGAGAGCGGAGAGGUACAUCGGGAUGUGGUUGGAUGACCGCAGGCACGGAGAAGGCAUCGUGGUGACGCAGUCGGGGCUCUGCUACCAGAGGACAUUCCAUGCGGAUAAAAUGGUGGGCUCAGGAAUUCUGCUCCUGGAAGACGACUCCGUCUACGAAGGGAACUUCACGGAUGAUCUGACGUUCGUUGGAAAGGGGAAGCUGUCCUUUGCCAACGGCUCCGUGCUGCGGGGGACGUUCAGCUCGCGGGGCGGGCUCAGCGCCCAGGGCCAGCUCAGCGCGACCAUGGAAAAUCCCAACCCUGUGUUGUUUUCCAGCCAGCUGGGCCUCAAGGAAUUCCCAGUGGAGAAGAGAUGGACGGGAAUCUUCGAGCAGUUCCUGGAAUUCCUCCAUUCCGGCUGCAAGGAAGAAAUGGAGGAAUCUUUCACGGGAUUCCACAUCCAAACCAGCAAGGAGCUGAGGAAAUCCCAGGAAUAUCUGUUCUGCCAGAGAGGUUCUGAGGAGUUUUCCUGGAAAAUCGAGGAGAUCCUGGAAGAUCUCGUUGAGCACCAGGAGCCAGAGUCGCUCCAGAGUUAUUUGGAGAAGGCGUUGGAAUCUCCCCUGCAUCCCUUGGGGAAGCUGCUCCGGGCUGUGACCGCGGCGUUCCGGGCGACGUAUUCGGGCGUCGGCGCCAGCCGGCACCUGCUGGCCAUGGCGCAGGAGGAGGUCAAGUUCUACUCCAGGAAAAUCUGGGAAUUCUACCGGGGUUUGCUGCGGGUGGCCCUGGAGCGGAAGGGCCGCGCGCCCUCGGAGGAUGCGGAUCCCAGUCUCGGGAAGGGCCCCAGCCUGGUGCUGCCGCUGAUCCUGCCCGGAUUCUAUCCCGAGCUCUCCAUGCUCUACAUGCUCCAGCACCAGCGCGAGGACGAGCUCUACUGCCAGGGAAUCGUGGAGCUCAGCCUCUACCCGGAUAUCCAGCUCCUGGAGUUCCUGGAUGUGCAGAAGCACCUGUGGCCUCUCAAAGACCUCACCCUGACCUCCAACCAGAGGCGCUCCCUGAUCAAGGACAAAUGUUUCCUGUCAGCCACCGAGUGCCUGCAGAAGCUCAUCACGACGGUGGACCCGCGGGAGAAGCUGGAGAUCCUGCGCAGGACGUACGAGGAGCUGGAGCUGACGGUGUCGCGGCUGCGCGGCGCCGAGUACCGGCUGCCCAUGGACGACCUCCUGCCGCUCCUCGUGUUCGUCGUGUCCCGAGCCAAGAUCCAACACCUGGGAGCUGAAAUCCACCUGAUCCGGGAUCUGAUGGAUCCGACCAACCAGGGAGGAAUGUUGGAUUUCCUGCUGACGACACUGGAGUCGUGCUAUGAACACAUCCAGAGGAUCCGGCUCCAUGCAAAGGAAAACUCCCACAGCUCCUGAUCCAUGGGGAAAAUCUGAAUUUUCCCAA